AUGAACCACGACGCUGGCAACGCCGGGGACGCCGCUCUUCAAUCGAAGCGGGCGGCGCAAGAGAGCGGAGAGGACCGAGCAGCAAAGCACCUACGCUCCGAUGCCUGGGCGAAGAACAUCAUGCACGGCCACGUGGUGGACGACGCUGCAACACGCGCCAUGUUCGAUAGUCCACAGCAACACCAGCCAAACAGCUUCCAGUCCAUGAUGUCGUCGCUUCCGCUCUCAUUGCAGCACCCCGUGAUGGCCACAGCACCAAAUAUUGAGGACACACAGAUUCAGGAUACUCAGCGGCAGAUCCAGCAGCGACAGCAGCAGCAACAGUACGCUGCAGCGAUGGCAGAUCGAUCUAGUGGUCUGCAACAUCAAGUGGCUGUAGAUUCGUCCAUGAUGACGGGCCAGCAAACAUCUGCAUGCCAGUUGACGACUACUCCAAUGACAUCGGUAGAACAGCCACAGGUCCACGUGCGUUCGGAUACAAACAUGCGCGUAGCUCCAGCACUUGGACACCAAGGAGUGGGAUUCCACGCGAACCCGUCGAGUGGAGGUUCUACUCAGCAGCAGCAACAGACGUUGGCAGCAGCAGCUGUCCCUGUUGCCGAUCAAGUGUCUGCAAGAAUUGGAGUGCCUGCAACUCCCAGUGAAGCAGAAGCACUGUGUCUUAUGUGCGGCAAGACAGGUGGCGUCUUUACUUGCAACGGUGGCUGCGGGCUUCGAGUGCACCCAACGUGCAUUGGCGAGGAUGCAAUUUUUCCGUUCAUUGUCGGCCAGCUCUGCGGAAGCUGCUUUAUUGUCCAACAGAAUCGUGCAUCUCCGGAAGAUCUAACGAAGGGAGGACCAAACGCACUGUCGGUUCGAAGGGCGAUCUUGUGCUUGAACUUGGAGACCAAUAGUAGUGCGAACUUCGAUAAAUUUGGUCAUUUAGCCUCAUUGCGACUAGGAGAAAUUGGUUUGAUUGCAGGCUAUCCAAUCAAGCCGUUCGCUGACAAGUUUGUCGAGCCUUAUUUGCAACGCUGGAUACGAGAAAAGCUCACGUCUACUGACAGAUGGAUGCUGAAUGUGCGCGACGUGUUUACCGUGAUGAUUGGACUCUACAGCCUGAAACAAGCUUGUCUUGCUCAUGGCUUCCACGACAGAGUAAUCGAGCUGAUGAAAGCACGCAACUUUACGGUAAUGGAUUACUUCGGUUGGCAUCCAGCCAUUGAAGGUCCCAAUGCUCGGUGUUCGAGCUUGUGCGCUGUCUGCGGAGUGCGCAAUGCGCCAAAUGUUGACUUGUGUUCGCGCUGCCACCACAAACUUGUUUUUCCGACAACGUUUACCAAAUACAUAAGCACCCUCCUUGCUGCUUUUUACGCAGAACAAGUGGGGAUUCAUCUUGGAGCAUCGACACUGGACGUCUUUGCGCAUACCAACAUGGUGCGAGGACUGUACAAGGGACUUCUUCCAUUUGAUGCUGACGGUGUCGUGUGGGAUCUGUUUACAGACCAGUUGCGGAUGAUUUUUGGCUUUCUGGACAUCAUGAGCAAUUUCAGCACAUUGCAGCUGAACCCAGAUCUGUUUGUGCCAGAGAUUAGCAUCAUCUUCAAUGCUGCUUACGUGAAUCAAGCCAUGAUAGCCAACGAGUUUGAGGUGGUGGGAAAGUUCCUUCAGUGCAUGAAAUUGUUUGGCUUUGCCAAAAGCCUGGAGAACAAAAACAUGAUCGAGUCUUGUGAGCGCUAUUUGCUGUUCAAACACCUUCCUGACGGAAGCUGGUGCAAGAUGAAUGGUUCGACGGUAGACCGUUACAAGGCUACCGUCACAUGCUCAAAGGCUCUCCUCGCACCGGCUUUUCGCGGGUACGGCCCGAUCUCGCACGAUUUCCAGCAACUUCUGGAAAAGUGGGCUCGAAAGUCGUCACCCACACUUCCCUCUACUGCUACAGCUGGGAGAAACCAGCCAGAGAGUACUGCAAGGAUAAAGCUGCUUGCAUCUGGAGCGACCGUGAAGGCGAAUAGUCAUGUGCGACUCAAGCGUCUUGAGGCAAUGUACAAGCGGCAAAUCGCUCCAAAGGGAUGCCAAGCCUCGUUGGAGUCUCUCAUGACGGAGAGAAUGAAGCAACUUUUGAAGGCUAGGAAGAAUCUCGAAGCGCAGUCAAAACCAGGAGCUAGCACAAAAGAUAACAACUCCGGCAACGAGAAAACCAAUCGGGUCAAGAAAGAGGAAGACGCCAGUGAGGAGGGAGAGUCCCGUCAUGCUGGAAGUGAGGCACUGUUGAGCAAAGGCGAUCAGCCGGUUGCUGCUGCUGCUGAUGGCAACACGGAUUCGGAGGACGUCAAGUCUGAUCGUCCGUCAAACGAUUACGAUCUGAGUGGCACUGUAGUCUCCGCGGUGAAGAACCAGGAUGAAGAGGAUAUGCUAACGAGCAUGAGUUUGCACGAAGAUCUGGAAAUUUUCGACGGUUUGCAAUUUGAAGACGGCGGUGGGAUCAUUGACAUGAGCUUCCAUCCCUUAGGGCCUCAUGGAGCAACCGACACCAAUAGAGGAGGACAAGCAUUGGAAGAAACUGACGGCACAGACGCUCCUGGACAGGAGGAGGAUGACGAGGAUGAAACGUUGGAUGACAAUGUGUAUGACGACGACGAAGACGAAGACGGCACUGCCCACGUGUUGGAUAAGGACGGCUCCAGUCACCAAUCAAGCAUUGAGGUGGUAGAUAAAAGCGAUACCGCCGCGGAUUUCCCUUCUGAAAUGUGA